UUUGUAUUUGGGUUGAGAUUAAUUUAUUAGUUAUAUUUUUACGUUGUUUCUCCCAGUGUCACGUUUCUAACCAAUUCACUCUCACGUUAGAUUCCACUCCAGUAGACACUUAAUUCCACAUUCUCACAUUUUUCCAUUACUUCCACCGGCAACUCAGUUGAUAAUAUUAUUAAAAGUGUUGUCUGGUGUUGAUGUGACUGUCUGCGCUGACACAUUUGGAUUAAUCUUGGCAUAAAAUUUCCGAGGAUUCCACUGGAAAUUUAGUCACAAGUUGGCAAUUAUUGUUAAAAAUAUUUUCAUCCCAAAUUAAGAAAUUAUUUUGUAAUAAUUUUAGAAAAACUUUGAAAAAAAUUUUGUCUAGCACAGAUUGGAGCAAAUGAGUGCUACAUGCGCUUUGCUAUAGAAUUCCAUCUCAACAAAACAGAAAUCGAGGAAUUAUACAAUCUUUCACAUUUUCACAAAAUAUCAAAUUUUUAAAAAAUCAAAAUUUCACAAAUUUCCAAAAUUUUAACUCUGCCAACCCCUAAAAUUCUUAACUCUUAACUCUCUUAAAUCUGUUUAAACUGUUUAAACUGUUGAAAUUGUCUUAAAAUUGUUGAUAUUGUUGAAGAAAGUUGAAAAAAGUUGAAAGAGUUGUGGACGUGUAGAAUUGUUUGGAAUGUGUAGAAUAGUUUGGAAUGUGUGGAGUUGUGUAGGUUUGAUGUAGUGAUUUACUGAUUAAUGUGACUAAUUGUAUGAUUAGAGGCUGAGAACAAUACCAGCUCUAAUACCACUAACCGUCCUCACGAUCACACACUUAUCGUGACAAACUUUACUCUCAAUAUUCUCUCUGUUAACUCUUACUGUCAAUAUUCUUAUUCUGUUAACUCUUAACACUCUCAAUAAUCUUACUGUUAAAUCUGAAAACUUAUUACUGUGAAAAAAUGUUAAAGAGGAUAAGAGGUGGUAACACUACUAUUACUACUGCUAAGUCACUGGACGUAACCGCAGUUAACCAGCUAAACACCGAACCCCUCGUAAGGAAUAGAAAAAGAACCAGAGCCACUCAAACCCAUACCCACACCAAUACUCACACCUCUCUAAACUCUCUCAAUAGUGUAAACUCUACCAACACUAGUAACAUUGUCAAUAGUGUAAACUCUCUCAAUAGUGUAAACUCAGUCGGUAGUGUGAGACUGGGUAAAAGUUUGAAACCCAUCCCCAACACCAAAACUACUCUUAAUACUCUUAACACUGGUAAAAUUAACACUAACACUGUUAACACUGGUAAAAUUAACACUAAUACUCUUAACACUGGUAAAAUUAACACUAAUACUCUUAACACUGUUAACACUGGCGUUGGUAAGGAGGGCGAGGUAUUGAGUAGGAUAAAUAGUAUAAUAAGUAAGAGUAGGUUUAAGAGGCUGUGUCGGGAAUACGUUGGCGACUUCUGGUCCAGGGUUGACUCCAACGAAAUUCCAAUCCUUCCACUUUUGCACAUUGCCAAUUCCUGUAGUACUGGGGGCACUGUGGAGACUGUAGAGAAUACUGUAGAAGGUACUGUAGGAGCUGUGGAAGCUAGUGCAGAGAAUGUGGAAGCAGGUACCAGCGGACCUAGCGCCGUAACGGAGAUACAAAACAUAUCAAUAAUAACAAUGAGUGUAUCGGAUUAUUCGUAUAAGUCAACGCCGUUUGGUGAUGUGUAUUACUCGCCCAGGUUCCAAGAUGACAAGUACAUUUACCGCUACGUAAUACUGACCAAGGGGGUAAGAAAUGAAGCGUAUCGACUGCUAAAGCAGUCGAAAUCGUAUCUCCUCACAGAACACCAAAUUAUCCGCGAACUCUGCAUUGACCUGUCGCCAGGCUGGGAACACUUUAUGCUCUUUAAAAACAGACUCGAUGAAUUAAUUCUACGACGCAAACUUUAAUAUCUUCAC